ACAUUGGCUGCAUACAGAGAAACCUGCUGGGGUGAAGACAGAGGGCUUACGCAUAUAACUUAUUUUUCUUGUUAAAUCCAAAGUUGGGAUCAGGCAGGCGUGGAAACCACACUUUUCUGGAUUCCCGGUCAGUGCUGAACGUUUUCGCAGGCUUAAGAGAAACAGCAGACACAUCUGGCAUCACUGGAGUUAAAUAUGUCUCAGUCUGAGCGACAAUCAGGUGGGACAGACAGACAGGGAGACGGGUGGUGACUCGUGAGUUUUGAUUGAGGAGGGUCUACUUCUGUGUCCUGAGGCUGACAGAACACACCUCAAAACAUGAUCAUGUUGCAGAGGUGCAUUUUUAAGAGAAUUAUCCCACAGCUUUAUUCAAGAGAUCAAGAAACCACCAAAUGUCUGGUUUCUGGGUUUCCCACUGCGCUGCUGAACGGACUUAGAGUUGCUGGGCACAGGGGCAGAUCAAGUCUUCCAGAUGUGAGGGAGCGGACUCUCAUAGCUGUAAAACCAGAUGGAGUUCAACGUCGUCUCGUAGGACAAAUCAUCCAGCGGUUUGAGCAGAGGGGCUUCAAGCUGGUCGGCCUGAAAAUGCUGCAGGUGUCUGAGGAUCUCCUGUCUCAGCACUACUGUGAACUGAGGACAAAGCCCUUUUACCCAAGUCUGCUCCAUUACAUGACCUCAGGACCUGUGGUUGUCAUGGUGUGGGAAGGCCACAAUGUAGUCCAGACAUCUCGUACCAUGGUGGGACAUACUAACCCAGCCGAGGCCCAGGCAGGCACAGUCAGAGGAGAUUUCAGCAUGCAUGUCAGCAGGAAUGUGGUCCACGCCAGUGAUUCACUGGAGGGGGCUCAAAGGGAGAUCCAGCUGUGGUUUCAGGGGAAAGAGCUCCUGAACUGGGACUGCUGUGACCAGACCAGCACCUGUGAGGCGUGAAGACCCUGAGAGCCGAACGCAGUGGGAAUCAGUAAAUUCUACCUCUUCUCCUGCUGCUCAGAGGCCUGUCUCUUCUGACAGUGUGACUACAGUCAUUGAAAAAGAGGGGUCAUAUUCAGUGUUCCUGCCAAAAAACUAUACCUCAGGAAGUGCAAUGUGACUUCUUAUAAUUUAAGCUGCAUUAGUGUAACAUCAGAAUGUGUCCCUCAGUCACUUAAAGUGCCAAAGUCUUUCUAACCAAUGGUUUUUUUUGAAGUGCUUGUUUAUGGUUUUCAUUCCCAAAUCACCAAAAAUCUAAAUAGUUUAACAGCUAUUAAGUUACACGUUACUUUAAGUCAGAUGAAAAAAGUCAGAUGAAAAUGUAGAGAAGCUCAGCUAUAUGACAAUCGUGCACAGCUCCAGCAGGUUCAUACAUUCACAAAAUCCUGUAUGACAUUUUUCAUCAGAGAAAGAAAAAUAACACAAUUUUUUCCCAAGAUUUCAGUCUUCUUUUUGAAAUCAUUAGGAAAUUGUACAUGUGUUAACAAAGCCUUGUUGUGAAGGAAUAAGUAGUAAAGUGGAAUACUUUUUAAAUUAUUAUUUAACAAAUGAUAGGUAGUACUUUCAUUUUUAGGAGUAUUAAGUGCAACACUUAGUUGACUUAACUAUUUACUUGAACCUUGUCCUCAAAUACUUUAAGAGUGAUUAUUCUAGACUAAACGUUUAAUCAAAGAAAUUUGUUUAAAAUGUGAAUCAUUUCAAACAAAUUUGCAGUUGAGCCAAAGAAUCACUGUUUACACUAGAACAUUUGACCUCAGGCGAAUGUUAUUGGUAACAAAGUACUGAAGUAAUCUGUUGCACGGUGAUGAUUUACCUCCACCUGCUGUCAUAUCAACACCGAACUGAUUCUGGUUUAUGUUUGUUGACAUCUUCGGUGUCACUGGUUUUAUUAAUUCCUCAUAAAACUG